AUGGAAUAUACAUGGCAUAUUGGGGAGGUACAGGAAACAAGCGGACGGACGAACACAAGGAAUAAUAGGAGUCAAGGUCCGGGUCUUAUAGACGAAUUGGAGGCUUUUAUGGCCCCCGUCGGCGAGGGUUGCUUCGGCCAGCCUAUAGACGCGCGCCGCAUUGGGGGCCACCAGCUACCUGAAAGUCCACCGGACUCCGGCUCCGAAAACCCAUACAGCCCCGAGACCCAGGUCUCACACACCAUAGCAGUGUCACAGACCGUGUUAGGCGCGGACUACAUGCUGGUACCGGAACACAUGACCUCUCAUGAAAUAUUACAGCAGAACGGCGAUUACAUAUACGAGGAAUUGAAGAGUGAUAGCAUUGAUCAUGAUGUUUUAAGGAAUAACCUCAACGAUGUAGUGGUUCUGCCGGCUGACCAGAAUUUAGAUUUGGGUAUACGCAAUGUCAGGCACGACUUGGGGCUGACUGAACCCAUAGCGUAUAAUAGAUACGGUCAAAUGAGGGUGGAACUGCCGGAAUUGGAGCAGGGUAUAUUGAAUCCACAGCUGGUGUCUUUGGGCCAUGAAAAUUUGACACCGGUGUAUGCGAACCUCCAGGAACCGAGCGCCAAGAAGAGGAAGCAUUCUCAAGAUGUGAACUCGCAAGUGAAGUGUGAACCAGCGGCAUUAUCUCCAGAGAGCGUAGCCCUCCCUCCUCCGUCAGUGGACGGGUCCGAGGCCGGCGAUGACCCGCCACUCCAAUGCAUCAGAUUCUCAGCCUUCCAGCAGAACGUCUGGUGUCCGCUAUACGACUGCAACUUGAAGCCUAUUCUGAAUACUUCGUAUGUGGUUGGCGCUGACAAAGGCUUCAAUUUCUCUCAAAUAGACGAGGCCUUUGUUUGCCAGAAGAAGAACCAUUUCCAAGUCACUUGCCAAAUACAAGUGCAGGGAGAAGCUCAAUACGUGAAAACUCCAGACGGAUUCAAGAAGAUUAAUAACUUCUGCCUGCAUUUCUACGGCGUUAAAGCCGAGGACCCUAGCCAGGAGGUCAGAAUUGAGCAGAGUCAAUCAGACAGAACCAAAAAACCAUUCCAUCCAGUACCAGUGGAUAUUCGUCGCGAGGGGGCCAAGGUCACAGUAGGUCGUCUCCAUUUCGCUGAAACAACGAACAAUAAUAUGAGGAAGAAAGGUCGCCCCAAUCCUGACCAAAGACACUUCCAACUGGUCGUAGCUUUGAGGGCCCACGUCGCACACAACGACUAUAUAGUCGCGGCUCAAGCUAGUGAUAGGAUUAUUGUCAGGGCAUCGAACCCGGGACAGUUCGAGUCGGAUUGCACUGAAAGCUGGUGGCAGAGAGGAGUGGCUGAGAACAGUGUUCAUUAUAAUGGCAGAGUUGGCAUUAACACCGACCGGCCAGACGAGGCCUGCGUUAUAAAUGGGAAUCUUAAAGUUAUGGGUCACAUAGUACAUCCGUCUGAUGCGAGGGCGAAACACAAUAUUGAAGAAUUGGAUACAGCGCAGCAACUAAGAAAUGUGCAGAGCAUACGAGUUGUUAAAUUUCAUUACGACCCGUCUUUCGCCCACCAUACUGGCAUGGCGGGUCACGCCGCGGUCCCUGACACCGGCGUACUAGCUCAAGAGGUCAGAGAGGUCAUUCCUGACGCGGUCAAAGAGGCUGGUGACGUCACACUCGCAAAUGGCGACAGGAUACGGAAGUUCCUCGUCGUUAAUAAGGAUCGCAUUUUCAUGGAGAAUCUUGGAGCUGUGAAGGAAUUGUGUAAGGUGACAGGGAACUUGGAGACAAGGAUCGAUCAGCUCGAAAGACUCACUAGAAGACGGACGACUAGACAUGAUAGUGCUAUCAGUAAUGAUUCACGUGUGUCCAUAACGUCUUCGAGAUCAUUUUACAGCGACGGGAACAUUUCCAUCGAUCAAAUUAGAGACAUCGCACGCAGCAUCCGCAAACACGAGUGUUGCCACAAACUGAGCCACAAAUCCCCGAAAUUCACCCGGAAACAAUGCAAAAACUGUCACACGAAUUACACUAAAUAUGGCAAAUAUUACAACUACAAUAAAACGUGCAUCAGGAAUAAAGAAAUGAAGGAUAAUGAACAACCGUAUCCGGAAUAUAUUAGUACGGAACAGAAGUUGCAAGAAGAUAAUUAUACGGUGACGAAAAAGAAGGAUUCGUGUCUAUGGUUGAGGGAUGACGAAAGUUAUCAACAUGGCAACACUAAGUUGCCGUUCUGCUGCAGAAGGAAAUACAGAUAUGGAGACAGUGGGGAGUUGAUAUCAAAUAAAUUCCUACAAAUCGUUAUCACUAUACUAAUAUUCGUCAUGGCUAUCUGCUUAGUGGCUAUGUCAGCGUUGUACUUCAGAGAGCAUCGCGAGCUUGUGUCUUUGAGAGAGAGACGAGUAACGCCGCGGACAACGAAACAUAAUACUAUACAGAAUCUUAAGAUAUCACAGCACAUGGUCGUCAAGAAAACAGCUAAAGAGAAAGCCCCAUACAAAGUUUCCCCGCAGUAUGUAACUUCAUCAGAACCUCCGACUACCUUCACUACACGGAACUACGUGAAGACAUUAAGCAGUCCUACAGAUGUUCCGUCGUUAUUUCGUUCAGCGGCGACCAUCGGCGGCUGCGUUUCUUCAAACACUGAUAAUGAACUGGAUUCUGGUUGUCAAUCAUCAUGUUCGGAUGCGUCCCAAAUCUUCAACAGCCAGCCGCUAGAGGGCAUCAGGAUUGAUGAAGAAGACAAACAGAACGACACACGCACAGAGAGGAAGAUUCUCACGCCGGUGAUGACGGAGAAUAAUUACCUGGAGAAGAAUUAUUUGGAGAAGAAUGAAACAAGGGUUAGACGAGCAGCGGAUACGGAUGAGACGCAACGAAGCCGUGAGGAAAUGGCGUUGGAGGGCGGAAUGGAAGGGGAAGAAGAAUGCGACACUAUAACCUUGGGCGUUGUUAGCAAGACUCAUACAAACACGAGCGUAUUCAGCGAGCGUGUGUGUGUUCGUGUGUUACGGAAUUAUACAUACACUAUGCCAGUGUCUCCUUGCCUGCAGCAGAAAUACUUGGAUGUGGUGUUCAGGUCAACAAAAUUGCGGGAGGUUCGUCUUUGUGACCUGCAGUGCAAGUCAGAAUCAAUGAAGACCUGCCAGCUGGAACGAGAGUCAUCAAAACCUGUUCCCUCUGGAGAUACUUGGACGGCGAGGGUCGGACUUAGAUGUAGAUUGGAUAGGUGGAUGAAAAUAAGAGCCGGAUUUGUACCUCUCAAGGACCUGUGCUAUCUCAACCCAGAAGACAAAAUACCCUUCGUUGAGUUCAACAUACACAUAUAUAGAGAUUGUAGGAACUAA